AUGGAAGAGAAAUUAUUUGUUAGGUUACCCGCAUGGUUUUCAAAUGAUGUAUCAAAUGAAUUUAGGACACUUUGGUCUGAUAAUGGUGGUAUUGAAACAAUUAGUGCAAGUUCAGCAUAUUUUAUGUUUAUAGAAUACCCAGGAUCAAAAGAAGCAUAUGAGCAAAUUAUAGAUAAGGAUCAUCAAUAUAUUGGAUUAUCAUGUAUAUAUGCUAAUUGGAUUAAAGAUAGUAUUAAACAUGGUAGAAUGUUACCAUGUAGUAAUUAUACAGCCGAUAAAGAGGAUAUUGAACAUAUAUAUAAAGAUCAAUAUAUACAAUCAUGUCAACAAUACUAUGAAGAACAAGAAAGAGAAUAUAAAAGAAAUAAAAAAGAAGAGGAAUCAAAACUUUAUCAAUCAUUAUAUACUGGUGCUACAUCAUUUAAAGUGCCUAGAAAUAUUAAACAAAAUUAUAUAAAUCCAAAUUCUACAAGUUUAGUUGACUUGAAAGAUUUUAUGAAUGUUUUAGAUUUAGCUUCUUCAUUUAAUAAUAAUAAUAAUAAUAAUAAAAAUAAAUCAGUUUAUAAUUCAAUAGAUUUAAAUCGUGAAUGUGUAAAUUUUAUACCACCAGAUACUAGUCCUAAUGUUAAUAGUAGGCUUAAUGGAAGUAAUAUUGUAACAAGAUCAAGUAAACAAACUACAUUAGAUUUUUUCCUAUCACCAACAAAUAAAAAAACAAUUUCAACUACUAGUAAUAUAAAUGAUGAUGAAAAUAGAAAUUAUAAAAAUAAAAACAACAAUAAUAAUAAAAAUAUUAGUGUUAUUGAUGAUAUUUCAGGUGAAGAUGAUGAAAAUAUAUGGAUUGAUAAUAAUGGUAAAAGUAGUAGUACUACAACAUCAAAAAUAAAAAAUAAUUCAUUUUAUGAAAAACAAUGGAAUUUAGAUCCCACUCCUUCUAAACCGAUAUCUAGUGGAAUAAUUAAACCUGCACCACCAAAAAUGAAACCUCAAAAUGAUUUACCUGAAAGUGCUGAGGAUGAGUUUUCCGAUCCAGAAAAAACUCAACUUGGAUCAAAUAUACCUGUUUCACCGAUUGCUGCUUAUAAAAGAUCAGCUUUUAAUAAUAAUAAUAAUAAUAAUAAUAAUAAUAAUAAUAAUAAUAACAAUAUAAAUAAUAAUGAUAAUAAUAAUGAUAAUAAUAAUAAUGAUAAUAAUGAUAAUAACAAUAAUAAUAAUAAUAAUAAUAAUAAUAAUAAUAAUAAUAAUAAUAAUAAUAAUAAUAAUAAUAAUAAUAAUAAUAAUAAUAAUAAUAAUAAUAAUGAUAAUAGUGAUAAUAAUAAUAAUAAUAUAAAUAAUAAUAAUAAUAUAAAUAAUAUAAAUAAUAAUAAUAAUAAUAAAGAAAUUGUUAUUUUGGAUUAA